AUGUUGGAGAUGGGCGGCACCUGGGUGCAUUGGCAGCAGCCGCACAUCUUCAGCGAGCUCCAAAGGUAUGGGCUCGAUGACUUUCUGGAGACGCAGGCGUUUCCGCAGGGAUGUGCCGCAUUCUCCAAGUGCAACGUCGCGGACAAGCUCAUGGUGCAGAGCCCGGAAGAAGCGACGGAGAUGUCUGCUACGACUGAGAGGCUCAUGGCGCAGUUCCUCGACGUGGACGGGUACGGCGGACGAACCGUCAUCCCUUUUCCUUUCAACAUCCCAAACAGCGUUCGUGAUAGCCCGUCAUAUCGCGAAAUCGACCGUUUGAGUGUUGCAGACCGUGUCAAAGAGCUGAAGGAUCUCACGGACGAGGAGAAGGCGAUCCUCAGAGAGCAUGCCGCUUCAUUUUACGGAACGCCUCCCGAUCAGACUUCCUUCUCGGAAGUGAUCCACACGUACGCUCUCUGCAACUUCCAGCCUCACAUGAUUGAGGAGGCAACCGUGAAGUACAAACUGUCGAAAGGCAUCUCGGCUUUGGCCCUCGCCAUACUAGAGGACUAUAGGGGUGACAGGCUCUUAUCGUCUCCGGUCAAGUCUAUUACCCAAACGAAUGCGGCUUACGGCGCCUGCGUAACCCUCGAAACCGGCAAGAAAUACCGCUCCAAGACAAUCAUCACAACCAUCCCGAUCAACGUCAUCUCAUCCAUACAAUUCGACCCUCCUCUAUCGCCUCUACGGAGCGCUGCGUUCUCGGAUGGCGUUACAGCUGCCAAGAUCGACAAGAUCAUGAUGACGACGUCAAGAAACCUCAACAGCGGAUUCAGAAUCUCCUGUGAAGGCGGCGACAUGCCGUUCACCAGCGGAUUCGGCGACAUACUCCCCAACGGCGACCCGCUCCUCACUUUUCUGUGUCGGCCGGGCGUUGGUUUCGAUUUCGAUGAGAGCAAGAUCCGCCUUGCCGGGACAUUGCAUCCGGAUGGGUUGGACAUUACGGCCGCCUUCGCCCACUUGUGGUCUCAGGAUCCGUUUGCGCAAGGUGUAAUGCCCGUCCGAAAAGCCGGGUUUAUCGGACAGUACGACGACGAGGUGCGGAGACCCCAUGGAAAAGUGUACUUUUGCGGUUCGGAUUUUGCGGACGGAUGGCGUGGGUUCCUCUCAGGUGCCUUUGAGAGUUCCUAUCGCGUGACUCGGGAAAUAUUGAUGUACCUCAAAGACCAGUAG